AUGACUGGUUUUGUGGACCGCAAGCUCAUCUGUGGCUUCUGCCUGACCUUGGGCCAGCACCAGGGCCACGCCAUCGAUGACCUCCAGACGGCCUUCGAGAAGGAGCGCGGGGCCCAGGGCCGGCUGACGGAGGGGCUGAGGGGCCGGCGCUGGGAGGAGCUGUGUGGUCUGGCCGAGCGCCUGCAGCAGGAGAAGAUCCGGAGCCAGGCUCUGCUUCAGAGUGACCGCGAGGUCGUGUCGCGCUUCUUCCAGGGCCUUGACCUCAUCCUGGCCCAGAAGGAGGAGCAGUUCACACAGGCUCUGGACCGGGCGAGCGCGCUGCUGGCCCGCGCUUACGAGCCGCUCAUCCAGCAGGUGAAGGACAUGCAGGAGGAGCACAGCGAGCUGAUGUCGCUCAGCUCCAGCGUGGAGAGCGAGGACAGUCCGCUGGCGUAUCUGGAGACGGUGCAUCAGCUGAGGGAGCGGGUGAACGCUCUGAUCCAGACGCCGCUGCCCGAGGUCCCCAGCCUUCACGUGGCUCCGCGCGCAGAGCGCUUCUUUGAGGAGCACUGGUCUGACGUGACCAUCAGAGGUCUGAGAGACGCUCCUGUUCCUGAAAUCUCAUGCCAUACGCACAGGUGCUCGACGGCCAGUGCUCAGGCUGCUGAUGGAGCUCCGCUCCGGCGUCGUCUUUCACCUCCAGCAGUCGUGCUGCUGCUGCUCAUGCUGGUCCUCACAGCGCUGUGUUUACAUUCAGUGUGUGGAAGCACUCUGGGGUUUCCUGGUCUCUUUCAUGCAGUGGAAAACGUUUCAAGUGAACUCACCCAGCCGCUCUAUGAGAUUGGGACAUUCUUCUGCUGUCUGCUACAGAACAUCAACACCAAAUUAAAUGCGUUUAUUUCUAGUUUUGGAGAAAACGCCUACCAGCAUCUGCUCAGCUUUCUCAAAGCACUGCACUAG